UCAUUUGAUGUUUAUGCAUAUCGGUACAUACGAUAAAGACUUUUAUAUGUCUGGCCGAAGCAGUUGCUCUGUCGGACAACUAUUAUGCGACAAAAUAAAUCGAACUAUGAGAGCCGUAAACAACGGAAUGUCGUGGGUUUUUUUUUCAGUUAGCUACUUAAGCUAGGUGGGAAGCUAAGUUGGGUCGUAGACAGCAGCGUAAACUACAGUGUUGUAAGUGCAGCAGAAUAGCUUUCGUUGUGGCUAGCGUCUAGGUUAAGGCUGUACAUCGUGUGGAAAAAUCAUGACAGGAAGAAAAAGAGGGGAAAACAAUAAUGACACGGCCCUGAAUUAGCCGGAUGGCUGGCUGAGACUUCCCUGCUACACGAAACAGCUGUUGACCAACCUUGGAUUAGAGGACAGAGAUGGCAGUGUGUGCACUGACCAUGUUGGAUGGGAUGGAGGAUGAGGUGACAGCAGCAGGUGGUGUAUUGCUUCUGUUCUUGGCCCUCAUCUUGGCUUGGCUCUCAACCCAUGUGGCUGAUCGGGGAGACCACAUAUUGGGCACGAUCCUCACUGUGGGUGCUCAUGCCUCUCUGAUUGGACUGGGAGGCCAUGACAACUACGGUGGAGGGUCAGCUAGUGCCGACACCCCUGAGCAGCAGACGCCUCCACCUUCUCAGGAGAACAAGCCGGACGAAGGAGAGCCGGCAGCUGACAGAGGAGAGGGUGAGGGGACUGUAGAGGGAGCCGAGGGGGUUUGGACAGAUUUGUUGCUGGACAUACAGAGCAAACAACCACAGGCUGGAAGACUGCUUGUCACUUCUGAUGGAGAGGAUGAUGAGGCUGAUGAGGAGGAUGAGGAGGAGGAGUUGGAGGAGGAAGUGAAAAAGGCUACAAAGCCUAUUCCAAUUUUGACCAGCACCACCUCUUCUCCUACCAUCACCAGUAGUACCACUUCCAUCUCUGUCCGUCUGAAGUUUUUGAAUGACACAGAGGAAGUGGCUGUUGUAGAGCCACAAGAUACAGUUGGGAUACUAAAAAGCAAAUGUUUCUCAGGGCGGGAGCAUCAAAUUAAAUUAAUCUUCCAAGGCCAGCUGCUGCAGGAUCCCAAGAGGACUCUGUUAUCCCUAAACAUCACAGACAACAGCGUGAUCCACUGCCACAUCUCUCAGACCCUGCAUGAUUCCAGUCCAGAGGAGGGGGCUCAGUCCGGAACAGGAGCAGGAGCCGGGUCCGGAGUCUCCAGUGGAUUCAGGGCGGCAGGUGUAGCCAUAAGCACCGGCAGCCUGGUGGUGCCUGUCUUUGUGGUGAUUCUUGCUGUCGUGUGGUAUUUCCGCCUCAACUACAGGCAGUUCUUCACCGCCCCUGCGACCAUCUCCCUUGUGGGAGUCACUGUGUUCUUUAGCUUUUUGAUAUUUGGGAUGCACAGCCGCUGAAAAGGCAAAGAAAGGGCACACACUUAUAGUUGAAUGUUGUGAGGUGAAAUAAAAAUAACUACAGCAGUGGGUGAGUGUCUGGAGAGAUGUACUGACCAUAAAGGGCCUCGGUGCAGAUGCUGCAGCUGGUUUGAGAGCGUGCAUUUGUGCGAGCGUGUGGGUGGUUAAGUGAGCCUGUUUGUGCAUGUACAAAGAUAAAAACAUGAGUGACUGAGGAGUGUAAGUGCAGUUUAAAAAAACAAGACAAAAAAACCAGCAGUGAGUGAGCAUUUGCUUUAACUAAAACCUAAUUUAGUUCCUAUUCAAAGAUGUAGUGGUUCAGACCAUGUUGUAAUACUGGCUUCAUCUCAUGGCUCUUUAUUGCUGUAAAAUACUCAUUAUGCUUUCCUGUGCGCUAUUCUUUGAGAUGACUUUGUGUUUUAAAUGUACAGUAAAUACAGUCUACACUUACUACAGGUGAACGGCAGCCACCUUAAUUAGCAUUAUGCACUUGAAUUGGGAGGGGUAGCAAAAUAGAAUUCAGUUGACAGCAGUCUAUCUGUUGACAUCUAGUGGUAAGAUUUUACAUACUGUACCUUUUAAGAAAACCAACAAAAAAAAUGGCUUAAAAUCAUUUGGAACCACUCACUGUUGUGCUGCGUGUGCCAGUUUGAGUCUUUGCCAUCAUUGUAUUAUUUGAAUGACUCGAGCUCUCUGUAUGCAAAUAUAAAUUGUACAACUGCCUCAGUGCAAGACUGUUUCUUUUAUGCUACGUAGGAGUAGUUUAAUUUAAACAUUAUGAAAAGAUACUGUAAAUAUAUUGUGUAUUUUGUGUAAAUAAAAUUAUACAAUGAAUCAAUGUGCAUCUGGCACUUGCUGUCAGACUGCUCUGGUUUCAGUUGCAUCUCUUAUUAAAGCAUUUCAAAACAAA